GGGAUGUGCUAAAUUCUACCUCUGAUUCUGAUAUUACCGACUCGCGAAUUUCGGGAUUUCCGGGGAAGGAGCGUGCGAUUGACCGUCACCAGGAAUAAACCUCGCGGAAGGAGGAUGCUGUUGCACAGAGUGACGCCGUUGUUUCGCGGGGGGACUAUUCUCAAGGAGACGAGCGCGAUAUCCAAGCCAUUUCUUCGGUCGACGAUCACCACGCCGUCCGGGGCGAUCCUGCCCGAGCCGAAGAGGACCCCGUUCAGCUUCCUGGGCGUCGUCAGCAGCGUGAUAUUCGGCCUGCUGGUCGGCGCCACGAUCAGCAAGAACGUGGCCAACUUCCUGGAGGAAAACGAGCUCUUCGUCCCCUCUGACGACGACGACGACGACGACGACUAGCGAUCAGCUGCUUUCGUCUCGUUGCGUUUCUUGAGAAUACUCUGCCGGUUAGACGUUGCUCUUAAUGCUAAUUGAAGAUUCAAGUUUGACGUCGCUGUGACGCACGACCAGUAAUUGCAUGAAUUCACGUAAGAGGAAGAGGAGUCUCUUCGCUUACACAACUUAGGUACCUUACUUACGCUUUAAUACCUGAGAUUAUGUAAAUUAUUAAGGACCUAAGAUUUAUGCAUCGCGCAUAAUCGCAUAAUUUGUAAAAACCUAUUGAAACAAACUCUUUUCACUAUUCUAAGUGUUGGGACACCAAUAGAACCCGAUUAUUUAUGCGCACAAUAACGCAUAAUUGAGACCUUUUGCAGCAUAAUGUCAUUUUUCCGCAUAAUUUCGCAUAAUGUUGCCAAAACACCGUAUUUUCAUCAUAACAUAUCAUAAUUUCACGAGUUUAAUCACCUCUAUCAAGUUAGCCCCUCCUCUAUCGCAAAAAUAAUCCGCGCCUAUUAAAAAAUGUAGUGCUAUUUAUGUGCUAAUUUGUUGCUCUAGUCCGGAUUUUGUUGCUCAAGCCGUUUAGCAGGAAAUGGCGAUCGAAAUGGGGGGAGGGCAGCUUGUCGUCAAGCUAGCCUUCCCCUCCAUACUAAAAACACAUAUAGUGCUCAAAUCCAAAAAAACAAAUACACCAGAAUUUGUUGCUUUUUUGUUGCUCCAAGAUAGCGUGAAAACAUUUUUGAAAUAUAAUGUUUUUUAGAAAAUACGUAUAUCCGAAUACUUAACAGACAGCACUAUAUUGACUAUAUCUUAAACAAUGAAAUUCUGUAAACAAUGCCACUAAUAAAUACUGCAUCUUCGACUGUUAUCUACGACUUCGAUGGUUAAAAACUAAGUAAAAGAAUUUGUUACUCGGCUCUCUUUGGUCUUAAAAUAUUAUAUGAACCGUGCCCUACCAGAAUAUGCAACGUAUGAUUUUGUUGCUCGCUCCUAACUGCAAAUAAACAAAUUAGUUCUCCUCGUCGAUCGUUAUCUACGACUUCGAUGGCUAAAAACUAUUUAGUCAUUGAAGUCGUAGAUAACGGUCGACGCGGAGAUAAAUAAUUUGUUUAUUUGCAGUUAGGGACGAGCAACAAAAUCAUACAUUGCAUAUUCUGGUAGGACACGGUCUAUAGAAUAUUUAAAUAACAAAAAGACCCGGAUUAAAGCAAAUAAAUCCGAACUAGAGCAACAAAUUAGCACAUAAAUAGCACUAAAUUUUUUAAUAAGUGUGGAUUUUUUUGCGAUGGUGGGGGGGGCUAACUUGAUAGAGGUAGUUUAAUCACAGUUAAUUGAUAUACAUUCAAAUUCGAAUCUAGUGAAUUCUGGUCAACAUUUCUGUACCUUUAUUUUUCUAGUUAAGUUACUAGGUAUUGCUUGUGUUGUAUCUCAAAAGAUACUUUUAGUUAAUUUUAUGUUCUUUAUUUCAUUAAUUAAAUUUUAUAACAAUUAUAACUUAAGUUAGAAAACUGUUCCAUGCAUAUUUCAUACUUAAAUUAAAUUUUUUUUAUUUAAUAAACUGCCUCUAUAGAUAGAUUAUUGUAUCUGUAUUUUGAUUUCUUAUUUCCAUCGACCCUCAGUGUACUCAUUAAACUCCAUCUCUACUGCUAGACAGUAGUUUGUCCCAAAGCAAUAAUGGUAUUUAAAGUACAUACUAAGAAACAAGAUCAUACACACUAAAAUUCAGCUUAUUUUAGACCGCAUAAUUUUGCAUAAUUUCAAUAAAAUUUCACGCAUAAUCAGGCAUUUUUAAAUGCAUAAAUCUUAGGUCCUUAUAAA